UUCAAAAAAACAAACAAUGCAAAAGCCCAUCGCUCGUCCCGUCCCCGAGCAUUUGGUUCCUGAGCGGCCUGAGCUGUUGAAACCCUAGGUAUUGUGAUUCUGUACAAGCAGCCAGACCUCGGACGAAGCCACAGGCGAUACUUCCGUCCAAGCGUUAUUGGCGUCCCGAGCAUAACUUGAAUUUCCUCUUUCUUUCUUUACAAAGACCUCGCUCUCUCUCUCCUCUGCUUUCUUGUUCCGUGUUCAGAGUCCGGUAUCUUUUCUAAAUACAAAUUCCAAAGUGAGAGUUUCUUUAGCCUUUUGAAAAAGAACUUAAAUUUUAUAGCAAAUAUGAAUGCUGUCUACAGUCAUGCUCAAGGCACUCAAAUUUUACCAGUCACUUGCCAGUUUAUAACAAAACCUCUUUCUUCGUUUAAUCAACUGUUUAGUGGCUGCAAGAUUCUUUACGUUAAUAAAUUUCAUGAGGGUAUUUCAUCAGAGUGGAGUUUGUUUGGUUCUAGGUGCACUUAUGGAACUCACUUUAAACUUCUAAAAUUACCAUUUUUGAUCAUUCAAUUACUGACUUCAUUCACAAAAUGAGAAUUGAUUAGAGCUAAGAUAUAUCAUGAACCUAUUGAAUUAAGUAGCCCAAAUCACUUUAUUGUGUAAUUUAAUAGUUAUGAGUUGUAGCUUACUUAGUCAACAAUCAGGAUAACUUUGUUAUUUUGAUUGAUAUAAAUGGAUAAGCAUCUUCUACCCCAUCAUCUAACAAAAGAAUGUGUUGUUUGCAGAGACUAGAUUGUUAAAGAAAAAAGGAUGGCCAAUGUUCAUUUCACGAAUUGCCCUAUCGAGUUUAUCAUGCCGCCUUCUUCUAACAAUGUCAGAGAUAUUUCCAUCAAAAUCAUCCCUUCUGCAACAAAGCCUGAGAUCAAGAGGAUUUUAGAACUAGUACAUGGAUGUGAAGUUGAGAAGGUACGGACGCUAAAUAUGAAAGGAAAGAAGAAGAUGCUAGGGGGGCGCUUGGUUGCUAGACCAGAUUACAAGAAGGCCUAUGUAACUCUAAAGAAUCCUUUAUCUUUCUCACAUUCCUAUCCAGUCCAUUUAGUUGAAGAUGAGAGGAAGAGCAUAAAUGUGAAGCCAAAGCUAGCAUCAUUAAGGAGUGAGAAAUCUCCCUCACUUGACAGCAAGAGAGUUGCACUGUGACGCCUGAGAAACAAUCAAGUUAGUAAGGCAGCAGUGGCAUGCAUGCUGAUCUACACAGUUGGGUUUCUGAGUUAUCAUACAGCUCAAAGCAUUUUCAGAGGUGGUUAGGCUCUUAAGGAAGAUGUUUCUUCGGUUUUGUAGGGUAGAUUACCUUUUUUACAUGUUGUAAAAGGAUAAAUACCCAUUAUUUUUGCAUGAUUACUCAUGUGGAAGACAGUAAGCUCAUUGCUUCAGGCAAUUAUGAUUUUCGGAAAAGAUUUGCUUAUGUUGUCUGCUUAAGGCAUCUCUUUCUAUUAGGGUUAUUCAUGCUUGAUUACUUAUAUCAAAGAGACUACGAUUGUUGCUUUGGCUGACAA